AUGGCGCCCUCCGACAAGGGUGAAGAUAGGAAACAGCAUCGCAGACUGCAGAACAGAGCCAACCAAAGAGCACGCAGACUGCGUCUAAGAGAGCAGGACUCGGGUACCAAAACGGUCAGCCAGGGCCCGUUUGACAUUACGCGAUGGCGUCUCAGUGGCCGUAGCACCGGCCCGCCACCUCUCUGGCCUGUCGCUUCCGAGAACCAAAGGAUCUUGACCCAACUCGCACACAUGAUUCGGCUAGAGGUCUCAGCUAAUACACGGGACGGUGACGAGACUUGCGACCACGCUCUACGCUCCGCCUACGAGUCCCUCUCGUCAACGCCUUCUCCCAGACGGGACCUCCUAUUAAGUUUGAUACAGUACAAUGUCCUGCGCGGCAUCUUCGACAACAAAAUCGCCAUCAUGGGUCUAGUCACGUACUUUGCCGACAGCCAGCUCCGGGUCACAUUUGAAAAGGACGACCACCCAACCCGGGCCGUCAUCUUGCCGAGGACGCGCGAGGCCCUCCCGCCAUCCCUCCUACCAACAGAGUUGCAGAUGACGGCCGAGCACCCGACUUGGGUAGACACGCUUCCAUUCCCGGAAAUGCGGGACAACUUGAUUAAGCGGGAGGGGAGCUUUGACCCCCGCGAAUUUGCCCGGGAUCUUGUUGGCGACCUUCUGGACAUUACCAGGCACUACAUGCCAGAAUCUGUGAAGUACUCUGGUGAUUAUCUUGGAUCUGGUCCUCUGCAAGGAGACGAUGAGCUCACCACGACACGUAAGGGCCUCAUUGUAUGGGGAGAGCCGUACAACGCCGCGAAUUGGGAAGUGACUCCUGGGUUUAGUCGGGGCGAGGAACCUCUUUCUGGGAUUCCUGCCCGCUGA